AUGGCGUCUCUAAGGCGGCAUCGCCGCGGAAUCGCAGAAGCCGAGGACUACGACGACGGCAGCGCACCUGACGAGACUGACACCGCCACGGAUGAAGAAGAGGAGGAGGAGGAGGAGGAGGAGGAGGAGGACCACCGCCUGCACCUGGGACUCCACUCCAUGACUGCAAAGGGCAUACAACACCUGUGCUCUGAGCUCCUGGAGAUCAAGAAAGCCUCGGAGCAAGACUUGCGCGCUAAUGUCUAUCUCAGCUACCUCUCCUUUGCUAGGAUGUUCCACGCAGCUGGUGAUCUGGACAAGCACGUCCACCGCCUGAAACGUCAGGUCAUGGCACACAGGCGGCUCAUCCAGCAUCUGAGCAGCAACUGCGGCGGCCUGGAUGAUGAGGAUGGUGCCGGUUCCGGUACCAAGGACGAGGAGCCCGACAUAGACAUGGACGACGACGCAGACGACGGUGAGCUGGAACUGGAGGUGCUUCUGUCGGAGCAGCGGGUGGAGCAGGCCCUGGAGCUCGUCCUGCGGCAGAGGAUGGUGCCGCAGCAGGGGAAGGCAAGGGUCGCCGAGCGCUUGGCUUCCGUGGCCGGCAACCCGCGGACGCCACGGCCGGAGCUCCUCAGGGCUCUCUCCGGCCUGUGCAAGCUCGGCGAAGCGGAGCGGGCCAACCACCUGCUCUUCAACUGGCACCGUGCGAGCGUCGUCCAUGGAUCUCAUGAUUGCUACAUCAAGGAGCUCGCGCGCAUGGUGUUCUCCUCCAUUGUCCAGGCGUCGAGGAGCUUCGUGGCGCUGCACGGGCACCCAUCCCCCCACACCCCUCAGCUCCUCCGGUGGGCGAGGGAGGAGAUGGAGGAUUUCAGCGUCGCCUUCUCCGAGUACGUGAGGUCGGCCAUGUCGUCGUCGCAACAAGCCGGGCAGAGCCUGGCUCUGGCACUGGAGGCCGCCGAGUGUGCAGUCUCCUACUCUUCCCUGCUGCGGCCUCUCGGCAUCAUCGCCCAAGAUGUGGGUGGCCUCAUGGCGCCCUGCAUCCUGGAGGCCCUUGCCAUGUACGCCAGGCAUCUCAAGGAGGUGGUCCGGCUGCUGGUGGCUUCCGACGACUGGGUGCUCGGCAGGUUCCUGAUGCCACCAUUUGCUGCUGCUGCUGAUGAGCAUCGUCGCUACUGCAUGCUGACAGCCAGCGGAAGGAAAUUCGUGACCCUCGUAGGGGAGGUCGUGGACGACGUCGCCUGCCCGUUGCGACGUGUUCUUGGGAUGGAUGAUCCGGCAGCCGUGCAGCUUGUUGCCGACUUGUUCGGGGAGUACAUCACGCACUCCAUCAUCCCCAACCCCAAGAACAAGCAGGAUCAUCAGCACAUCUCCGUGCUCAUCAACUGCACCACGUUGGUGUCCCUGCUCCCCACCAUCGGCGCAUGGUCAGCAUCAGCACAGAGACAAGUGGGCGGCCUGAUCAAAGAAGCGGCCGGUCAGGUGUGGAGCUGCUUCUGCCAGGAAUUCAUACGAGACACCAUGGCGUAUUCAGCGCCACCACAGGCGCAGGGGCAGGGGCAGAUGAUGCCCUCUCUGCCUUUCCAGGUGGUGUUCCUUCGGGUGAGGCGGCUCAAGGACGCGUAUGGCGCCAUCCUGGGCGGCGACGAUGGGACAAUGAAGAAACUUCUCAAGGAGCUGCUGGAGGAGAUCAUCUCCUGGCUCUCUACCAAACCGCUGGACUCGUGGCUCGGCCAUGGCGCCCAGGCCCAGCUGGACGUCCAUUUCCUCCUAGAAAUUGCGCGGCUUGGCGGUUUCGACAUCACAGCCAGUGCGCUGGACUUGCUUCGGAAGGCACAACAAGACAAGGUGGAGGGCGACGACGGCGAACGACCCUGGGCUGCCGAUGCUGCAAGGCAUGCCGUGCAAGUGCUGUUGCUGCACAACAUGAAUUCCAAUGGAGAUGCGGAGGAAGAAGAGGAGGAGAAUGGAAAUGCAGCAGCAGUGGACGCUGAGGAGGAGUUCGAAUCCGAAUCCGAUGGCAUGGCAAGCGGGAAGUCAGCAGCUGGGGGCGACGAUGGAAUGGCGAGCAGGAAGUCCAGCGACGAGUUCAUAAGCAUUGAGGACGACGAUGGAGAUAGGCUUACUCUGGGCAGUGACCAAGCCGCGCCUCAAAAUUCAGCGAAUGAUGAUGGCGUUGACGACGACAGCAGGAGGCGGCGGCAGGCAACUCCUCUUGCGGCAGCAGAGAAGGACGAUGCUCCCAGAGGCCGGAGCAGGAAGAAGGCAAGCAGCAGGCCCAGAUGGCAGUGA